AAAGAAGAAGAACAGAAGGUGGCAGUAAUGCAACAUUGGAUGCCAGCUGCUGUAAACACCCAAAGAAGAAGAAGAAGAAGAGCUGCACAUUGACAUGUGUUCUGUAGUACUGCAGAUGUAUUUUUAUAUUACUAGUUACACAUUUAAACUCGAGAGAAGAUGAGCUGCAUGCAGGGGCUGAGAGUUUUGCCACCGGAUGUCGUGGACUGGGACACGCAGCGAUGUCGCAUGGGUCCGGAUCUGAUGUCCAGGUUAGGACUGCGGGUGGGCUCUCCUGUCCUCAUCGGGGUGCGGCAGGGGUCUUGUCUCUGCACCGCAUGGCCACGCAGAGACCUUGCCGAAGGUUACCUACAGAUCAGCAAACAGUGCGCAACUCCAGAUCUUAGUACACAAACAUUAAACGGACUGACAGUGGACCCGGUGCACAUCAAACCCCUCAGCUGCCCCAAACUCACUUGUGUCAGCUUGAAAGUCUUUGUCAGAAGUCUGAAAUACAAGAGGAACGUUCAAGAGCUUCUAAAUGAACUGCUGAUCGGCCUCUACCUUCACGAGGGUCAUUUAGUAGAUCUGUCUGGUGCAAAAACUGAGAUCAAGUUUGUCCUGGUUGAGAAGGUUAAUUCAGGCUCGCACGCUGUCGGUCUGGUUACAGACAGAACUCGUCUGGACGUGAGCGCGGUACAGAGUGCCAAACACCUGCUGAGUCAGCGGCAGGUCCCGGAUCAGUCUCUGGGUGGCCUCGGUGAAGUUUAUGAGUCGUUGAAGGAGAUGAUCAUCUUUCCUCUGCGAUACCCGGCCUGUAUGAAUCGGCUCGGGCUGUCCUGCCCGCGGGGGCUGCUACUGAUCGGACCGCCCGGCGUCGGCAAGACCUUGCUGGUCCGCAGCGUGGCGAAAGAUGUUGGGGCCAGUUUAGUGACAGUCAAUGGACCCGAAGUUGUGGGUUCUCGACCUGGCGAAAGCGAAGAGAACCUGCGGCGGAUGUUUGAUCGGGCCCGGGAGGAGGCAGAGGAGGCUCCGUGCGUUCUGCUCAUCGAUGAGAUCGACUCGCUGUGUCCGAAGCGAACGGACAGCAGCGGCGCGCCAGAGAACCGGCUGGUGGCUCAGCUCCUCACGUUAAUGGAUGGAAUCGGCAGCGAUGAGGGUUUUGUCAUCAUUGGAGUCACGAACCAGCCGGACGCUCUGGAUCCGGCACUCAGGAGACCUGGACGGUUCGACAGAGAGGUGAUCAUCGGGGUGCCGCUGCUGAUGCACAGGCGCAGUAUUCUGGAGUGCACGUGUCGACAGAUGCCGCUCUCCGCUGACGUGGAUCUGAACUCCAUCGCUGAAAUGACGUGCGGAUACGUUGGAGCGGAUCUCAGCGCGCUCGGCAGAGAAGCGGCGCUGCAGGCCAUGCGACAUUCGCGGGGAGGAGUCAGUGAGCGCGUGGAGAUGCGUCACUUCAUCGCAGCGUUGCGUCAGGUGCAGCCCUCGUGUCUCAGGAGCAGCAUAGGAGCGAUCGACUUUAAACCCAUCACCUGGGAGCAGAUUGGGGGACUCGAGGAGGUUAAACUCAAACUCAAACAGAGUAUCGAGUGGCCCAUGAGAUUUCCUGAAGCCUUUGUGCGGAUGGGUAUUUCUCGACCCCGAGGAGUUCUGCUGUACGGACCGCCAGGUUGUGCCAAGACCACGCUGGUGAAAGCAGCCGCCAGUUCAUCGCACUGCACUUUCCUGUCGGUCAGCGGGGCUGAGAUCUUUUCUCCUUAUGUGGGAGACUCUGAGAAAACCCUCACACAGUUGUUUGUCCAGGCGCGAGCGUGCGCCCCCUCCGUUGUGUUCCUGGAUGAGAUUGACAGUAUUGUGGGUUCUCGAGCAGACGAUGGCUCCUCACACAGCGUACAGUCACAGGUCCUAUCAGUUCUUCUCACCGAGUUGGAUGGGGUUGGAUUUCGGAGCGUGGAGAGACGGAGCGGCAGCAGAAAAACACUUCAGUUAGAGGGGGAAGAUCAGGAGAUGAGCAGACGACAUCAGAUGGAGCUUCAGGAAGUUUGUAAUAAAGAUGUUUUGAUUGUGGCCGCCACUAAUAGACCUGAUGUUCUGGACAGUGCCUUACUCAGACCCGGACGACUCGACCAGAUUAUAUACGUACCUCCUCCGGACCUCGAGGCCCGUCUGGCUGUACUGCGCGUCUGCACCGAACGUGUUCCUCUGGAUCCUGACGUCUGUUUGAAGGAUCUCGCUGAGCUAACAGAACGCUUCUCUGGAGCAGAUCUAGAAAAUCUGUGUAAAGAGUCUGCUCUUACAGCCCUGCGUGAGGAUGGAUUCUCUGUUUCCUCUGUGAAACAUCAACACUUUCUGAAGACUCUUCAGAGUUUCACUCCAUCAUUGAGUCCUAAACAACUUCAGCAGAACAUCUAGUUGUCUCUCAGUUAAACUUGUAUACAAUAAAAGCAUCAUUUAUAA